GUGUCGCACGAAAAAAGAAUUUUAGUUUAAAACCAGAAAAAUCGUAACGCAAACAAUUUUUAAUUAACUUUCGUCAAAAUGAAUUAUAAAUCUCUUGGAUUCUUUUUUCUGUUGUGUUUUAUCAUCAUGAUGGAAUUUGGCCUAUCGAAUGGACAAACAGAUCGCGAGCGUGUUUGUAGACAACCAAUAGUGACUGGUUCUUGUCGAGGAUAUUUUCCACGAUUUGCUUAUGUUCCUUCAGAAAGAUCGUGUCAAAGGUUUAUUUACGGUGGAUGCAAUGGUAAUUUAAAUAAUUUCGAAUAUCUCAUUCAUUGCGAAAUGUUUUGUGAAGGAGUCAAUUAA